AUGGGAAACUUGCUCUUCCACAGACAUCCGCCGUGGGUGAAAGAACAACUUGGCUGGGUACAUGACUUCAUUGAGGACAAGUUUCUUGAAGCUUCCAUCGACGUCCUUGCCCACGAUGUCACCUUCGGCGAAUUUGAGAUCGACUAUUUGACAACCGGCGGAGAUAACAUGAUGAUACAGUCAUGGGCAUUCAAUGCCGGCACGACUAAUCUUCCCGAUGCGUUUGGGUGUAUCAUGGAUGACCAUACUUACAACAACACCGACUUGGAAGACUUCAGUGCAUCUGAGCUUGCGACGAUACUUCCCGCCUGCGAGAACGUUUGCAACACGGACAAGGGCCUUACGCGGGUUGAUGCCUCCGAAGCUACACUCCAAUCGCCGAACAAAUUCAAGUUAGCGGUAAAGGACAAUAUCGCGACCGAAGGGCUGCCGACAACAUGCUCCUCCGCCAUCCUCUCCUCCCACAAAAGCCCCUACGAGGCCACCAUCGUGCGCCAGCUCCGGAAACGAGGUGCUCAAGUCGUAGGGAAGACAAACAUGGAUGAAUUCGGCAUGGGAUCCCACUCGCUGAACUCGAUCCACGGGCCUGUACUCAAUCCGCUGUCUGCGACGCCGACCUCUGCUGGCGGAAGCUCAGGAGGCAGCGCGGUUGCGGUUCAGACUAGGGAAGCGGACGUCGCGCUCGGGACGGAUACGGGCGGUUCAAUUCGCCUUCCUGCGGCGUACUGCGGUGUGGUUGGAUAUAAGCCCUCCUAUGGCAUGCUGUCGAGGUUCGGGGUUGUUCCGUAUGCGAACUCCUUGGAUACCGUUGGUCUGCUUGCUAGGGAUGUUGAUGUUAUCGAGGAUUUAAUGUUCAGCACGAGACUGGACGCGGAACAUGACUCCCAGGACCCGACAUCCUUGUCAAAGAGCUUCCGAAAGAAGCAGCAGAGUCAAGCGGCCACUGGUCGGUCACGGCUACGCAUCGGCAUUCCUCUAGAAUACAAUAUCGAGGAAUUGGAUCCCAAGAUCAAAGCAGCCUGGUCUGACGCAGCAGACCUUUUGCAGAAAUCCGGCAUAGAGGUGGUUCCGGUAUCAUUACCGUCCACAAAGCACGCUCUAUCAGCAUACUACGUCAUCGCACCGGCAGAAGCAUCUUCCAACCUCGCCAAGUACGACGGCGUCCGCUACGGCACCCGCGGCGACGAGAGCGAUGGCGCUGGCGAGGUCCUUUACUCCAAGACUCGCGGUCUUGGCUUCGGCGAGGAAGUCAGACGCCGCAUCCUCCUCGGCGCCUACAGCUUGAGCUCCGAGGCAAUGGACAACUAUUUUAUCCAAGCCCAGCGGGUGCGCAAGCUCGUGCAGCGAGACUUUGACCGCGUCUUUAGGCUGGAGAACCCUCUCUACGACGAACAGCAGUUCGACUUGAGCGAUAUGAAGGAUGAGGUCGAGCUUCAGGAUAAACUCGGCCCUUCGCAGGUGGACUUCUUGUUGUGUCCUACUGCGCCGACGUUUGCACCGCGUAUUGAGGACAUCAAGCGGCAGACACCGGUGCAGGUAUACAUGAAUGAUGUCUUUACAGUGCCGGCCAGUCUCGCUGGGCUGCCGGCCAUCAGCAUCCCUGCCAAGAUCAAGUCGGAGGAUGAAGAGGUGGACGGUAGCCAGCGUGUCGCGGGUCUCCAGCUGAUCGGUCAGUACUGGGAUGACAAGCGGUUGCUCAGCGUGGCCAAGAAUCUCCUUAGCCAGUUACCUGCUUGA